UUGGUAUAUUCCGUGCGACACUGCAUAUUUUCUUAUCGCGGUUUAUGGUUCCCGUGAUAUCACCUCUAGAUUAAGAUACUGUUAAAGGGCUUUGAGGAAAGAGGGCGCGAGAUCAUAGGGAAGAUGUGAAGAUUGUAUAAGAAGUUGCAUCAUUCGGUUCGAAACCUACUCCCGUGAUGUGCGCUCCUAGAAAGCAUCUCCGGCGCGAGUAUCUUUAUCGAAAGUUAUAUCUCACAGCGGUACCAGGAUUGAUAUUUUUGCGAGCUUUAUCUACGUGUGAUAAUUAUCCGUCGUGAUUUAAAGAUAGAAAGAUGCAAUCGUAUUCGGCGCUGUUAAAUCUCAUUUACAUUAUUACCGUAUCGUACACGGUUUCGGGACAACCCUUCUCGUUCCUGCCGCGGCAUGCAGUUGAUCGUGCUGCUGAACGUAGGAGCAUAGGAAGAGAAACAGUAGAAAACAGAUCUAAUUUCUUAACACCGUUAACGGAAUACGGAUCACGAUCGGGCGAUUCGAAGCCGGUGGAACCAUGGACCAAAAUCAAUCAAAAUCCUGUAAAUGGCAUAGAGGCAACCGUGGGGAGCAGAGUAGAAUUGGAAUGCAAAGCUAGCGGUAGCCCACCACCAGAAAUUCUAUGGUUCACAGGUAGUGGCAGCAAUGCACAGCUUGUUGAAUACGUUAAAGCCAACACACACUCUUUGUAUGAUCCAACAGAGGAGUGGAAAGGACUGGCCAGAAUUAAUUCAAAGCUUGUGUUAGAAUGUGUUACACCGGAUGAUGCUGGUUUGAUCUACUGUGCGUCAGUUUCGGCAAGAGAAGUGAAGGUAUCCACUCCCACAGUGCUGCUUGUUAACAGUGAAGAAAGUGGCAACAGCAAUUGCAGCUCUGAAAGUGAUCCGACAAUUACGCUGUACUCUCCUACGCGAGUGGCUAACAUAGGAGCGACCAUCGUACUACCGUGCAGGGCGAGUGGUAAACCAACACCAGAAAUUUCUUGGUUGGACAACUACAAUGUACCGUUAACUAUGUCGACAAAUCUACGGCACAGAAUAUUGGAUAGCGGUGAUCUGCUGAUAGAAGACCUAUUGUGGGAAGACAUGGGUGGUUACAUUUGUCAAGCAAAGUCCGGACAUCGUCAGCAAGUCGUCAGCACGUUCCUUUAUCCAUUACGCCCUGAAACGGAGAUGGACCGCAGAGUUAAUUGAAGAGUCAUUAAAGAAAAAGUCUCGAUUGCUUCGAUCGCUCACUUUUUCGAUGUACAACGUACGAGACCAACUGGACAAAAUAUGCUAAGUUUCGGUGUUCGUUAACGUCAAAUGGUAUUGUGUUAGUAUAAGCACUGUAUAUAAUUCUAUAUAAUAGAAUUAUAUGUUAGUACUGACAACUCGACAAUGCGUUCGAGAAUUAGCAACGCUUAUUUAAUUAUUAUUAAUGAAAUGUAACUACUAUCUUACUUAAAAUUUUAUACACCAUUUUUGCGUACCAAAGAAUUUUAUAUUUGUUUAUACUACUGAUUUUAGUGGAAAUAGCGAUGUCAGACUAUUUCAAUAUUUAAGUACUAUAUAUUUUGUAAUACCUCUUGAAUAAGGUAUCGUAUAGUUUUAACGAAUUAUUUAUUUAUUAUUCGUGUACAGUGGAUGCCGAUCGUAAAGGCAGAUAAAACUGAAAGUUACUUUGUUUAAUAUUAAGACUAGUUGUUAAACCAUUAAUGACCCGGUGAAAAAAGAAUAACACGUCGCUGUUCUGACUUCGAUUAUUAUUUCGCUUAUUAAUUAGUAUUAAUUA